GGCACGCAUAUUGCAGUAGACAUUUAAAAUGCUGCUCUGGAGACCAGCAUUGUUAUUGGAUGAGCAUAUCCAGCAGUUUCUGCAUGAGUGAUAAUUCGUGGUACAGCUCUCGUUUCUGGGAUCUGCUUGAGCAAUGUAGCAGCUCUUACUUCAAGCGAUCAGUGGAAGACAGACUUGGGAGUUGCUGUCUGGUGAAGGCCAGUAGAGGACCUGGGCCUUAGAUUUUGAGAAGGGAAGCUACAGGAUUAUGGUCAGGAACUAAUUUCCAUGGACAUAGAAACUAGGACCAGAAUUAAUAGAUAUAUGCUGCAACUAUAUAUAUUUCAUUUAAAAAUAAAGAAAAACAUCCUGAUGGACAAGGGAAGAUACAGACUUGACAGCCCAUGAAAAUGUAAUUCUGGACAGAUUUUCUGCUCCAACAAAAUACCAGCAUGUACAGACCAGGAGAAAAAGUGAAACGGCGGUUGCGCGUUCAUGGUUGCAGUGUAAGAAAUGUUGAAGUUGCUAGAGGGAGAGCAGGAUAUGGAUUUACUCUUUCUGGUCAAGCUCCCUGUGUUCUUAGUUCUGUUUUAAAAGGAAGUCCUGCAGAUUAUGUGGGACUUAAGGCAGGAGAUAAAAUAUUUGCAAUAAAUGAAAUUAAUGUGAAAAGAGCAUCCCAUGAAGAUGUGGUGAAGCUGAUAGGCAAAUGCUCUGGGAUUUUACACAUGGUCAUUGCUGAAGGAGUUGGUCAUGCAGAACCUUGUUCAAGUGAUGAAGAAGUUGGGCUUUAUGAUGGGAAGGGAUGGCCAAAGACCAAGCCUGGCUUGAAAGGACUGGGUAUAAACCGUGCAGAGAAAGUUGUUGAGGAAAUGCAAUCAGGUGAAAUUUUCAACAUGAUCUUCGAAAAUUCUAAUAUUUGUGCUAGUAAUAUGCAGAUACCAAAAAGAAAGGAAACGUCAGUUCAGGAAGUGGCUAAGUUAGAACCUGAACAUAUAAACGAUCAGCCUAACAUUCUGUACAAUGAGGAACUGGCACAAGGCUUGAAUGACGACUCAGUUUUUAGAAUUGGAUUGGAAAACCAGGAAUAUUUUGGAAUAGAUGCAAGCAUUUUAAAUGUGGCUAUGGUUGUGGGCUACCUUGGAUCAAUUGAACUUCCUUCUUCGAGUUCAAAUCUGGAAUAUGAUAGCUUGCAGGCCAUCCGUGGAUGCAUGCGUCGCCUUCGGGCAGAACAAAGAAUCCAUUCAUUAGUGGCGAUGAAGAUUAUGCAUGAUUCUAUUCAACUGUGUACUAAUCAGUCAGUUAUGAUUGCAAAGUAUCCAGCAGAGAAGCUAGCUUUUAGUGCUCUAUGUCCUGAUGAUAGAAGAUUUUUUGGGCUAGUUACCAUGCAGAGCAUUGAUGAUGCAAGUUUAGCUCAGGAGGAUGAAGCAGUUUUGAGGACAUCAUGUCAUGUGUUUAUGGUGGAUCCAGAACUAUUCAAUCAUAAAAUUCAUCAGGGUAUUGCACGACGGUUUGGACUGGAAUGCACAGCAGAUCCUGAUACCAAUGGCUGUCUUGAGUUUCCAUUGUCAUCUCUACCUGUUCUUCAGUUUGUCUCUGUUCUGUACAGGGACAUGGGGGAAUUCAUUGAGGGGGUGCGUGCCAGGGCCUUCCUUGAUGGAGAAGCAGAUCCUCAUCAGAAUAACAGUAUGAGUAGUAACAGUGAUAGUGGAAUUGGAAAUAUUAACCAAGAAGAAAAAAGUAGGGUUUUAGUUGUUGAUCUAGGAACUAACUCAAACAAACACAUGCUUAGUAAUAUACAGGGCAGUCCAAUAAAUAGAGGUCAGAGUGUUUCCCACUGGAAUUUUGGUCAUGAACCAGAAGAAAACCUGGGAUUAGAACCUAUGUUCCAGAAUGAUAAAUCUCAGAAUCUAAGUAAAUUGCUAGCUUCUUCAGCUCAUAUUGAAGUUCCGGUGGUUUCUUCCAAAAGCUCAGUGCCACCAUGUAAGAAAAAUUCUGUGGACAUUUCCAAUCAGAGGUGGUUGCCUGUUCAUGUAUUAAAAGAUUGGCAACAAGGAUGUAUAAGCGAUCAAGAGUCAUACACAGAUUCUACAGAUGGCUGGUCCAGUGUCAACUGUGGGACACUUCCCCCUCCUAUGAAUAAAAUCCCUGCUGAUAGAUACAAGGUCAGCAGCAGCUUUGGUAAUCCUCAUCUCAUGUCCCAAAAGAAAGAACUGUCUGAGAAAGAAUUUCAUAUUGAAAAUGCAUUUGAUUCUCAACACAGUUUCAAAAAGCCCAAAGAGGAGAAAAAGAGUGCAAAAUUUGGACCUGGUUUUGGAUUGGUACAACUACUCCAGCACUCUUCUUCAGCUCGAAGAUCAUUUGGACGCUCAAAGAGAUUCAGCGUUACUCGUUCGCUUGAUAAUCUUGAGUCUACCACUGUGUCUGAUGGAGAGCUCAAUCACAGUGACUUGAAAGAUGGUGCCAGUGAUACCAGUCUCAGCAGCAAUGCCAGCCUGCCCAGUGUCCAGAGCUGCCAACGGCACCGAGAAAGAAGAGUUGCCAGUUGGGCUGUUUCAUUUGAACGACUUCUUCAGGAUCCCCUUGGUAUUCGAUAUUUCUCUGAGUUUUUACGGAAGGAAUUUAGUGAAGAAAAUAUCUUAUUUUGGCAAGCCUGCGAAUAUUUUAAUCAUAUACCUGCUCAUGACAAAAAAGAGCUUUCGUUCAGGGCUCAGGAGAUCUUUAAUAAAUAUUUAUGCAGCAAAGCUACAACUCCGGUAAAUAUUGACAGCCAAGUACAGCUGGCAGACGAUGUCCUCACUGCACCACAUCCAAACAUGUUCAGAGAUCAACAGCUUCAGAUUUUCAAUUUGAUGAAAUUUGACAGCUAUACACGUUUUCUGAAGUCUCCAUUUUACCAAGAAUGUGUUUUAGCAGAAGUUGAAGGUCGUCCAGUCCCUGAUCCACAGUGUGUCACAAGUAGCCCUACUUCGAAGUCCAGUUUUGGUCCUGACAUGUUCAGUGUUUCCACUCCAAGAAAGUUAGGUGGAAAAGCCAAGUCUGGGCGUUCCUUAAAUGAAGAAUCUGGAGAGGAAGAUGCUGAGAAAAAGAAAAAAGGGGCUUUUUUUUCCUGGUCCAGAAGCAAGAGUUUGGGGAGAUCACAGAAGAAAAAGGAGAAUGGUGACUGUCUCAAAGAUUCUUCUCAGACUAGUGGAUUAUCCUACAGACAUAAAUCUCAAGAUUCACUGUCAUCAGCUGCGAGUCUUGAGAUGGGUGAGUCCUACAGAGUAUCUGGACCUACCAUGGAAAAGGAGAAGCCUUCUAAGUGCUGCCACGUCAACCUUCCAGAUGGCUCCACUUUUGCAAUGCCCAUAAGAGGUGGAUUUUCAAUCAAAGAUGUGUUAUCUGAGUUCUGUGAAAAGCAAGGCAUUAACAUGGCUGCAGUAGAUCUGUUUUUAAUUGGUGGAGAUAAGCCACUUGUAUUGCAUCAGGACAGCAGGAUUUUGGAUUCUCGAACUCUUCGCUUAGAAAAGAGAACUUUAUUUCGGCUUGACCUCAUCCCUAUAAACAGAUCUGUUGGUUUAAAGGCUAAACCUACCAAGCCAGUAACAGAAGUUCUGCAUCCAGUCGUUGCAAAAUACGGAUUGAAUCUUAAUAAUCUUGUGGCAAGACUAAAUGGUGAGCAGGAACCCUUAGACCUCGGGGCCCCCAUCUCUAGCCUUGAUGGACAGAGGGUUAUUCUAGAAGACAGGACGUCCAGAAAGGGGAAAGACAAGGGGAAAGGAGCAUCAUUAAAACACAGUGCACCUGUAACUACUAAUGCAGGAAAUCAAGCACUCACAGGCGAAGGAAGGACCGCAGGGAGGCAUAACUCUUUUAAAUCGAAAGGAGAAACUGGGAAAAACUCUAGAGAUGCAUUCUUAGCCAAAAGAGAAGACUCUCUUGCUCAGGCUGGAAAAAAAAUGCACCAGCAGUUGAAUUUGGAGGAAGCAGAGGAAUUUUUUGAACUCAUAUCCAAAGUCCAGAGUAACCGAGCAGAUGACCAGCGAGGGUUGCUGAGAAAAGAAGACCUGGUUUUGCCCGAUUUUCUUCAUUUGCCCUCAUAUGAGACGGGCAUGUCCUCCUCUGUCCCCGAAGGAGCGACGGGCUCCUGCGAGAGAACCUCCCCUCCCGACGGCCAGGAGAAGCGCAGGGAGAAGGGCAGCCGCCCCCACAACCCCAGCCACCAGGCAGCCAGAAGAAGGAGCCUUCCCGAAAGUAAAGAGAGGCCUCUGGCGCUGUCCGCGGCCCUCAGCCAGGAGGCCAGCGGUGGCGCCAGCGGCACUGCCCCCCGGCCUCCAGCUCUGCUUUUGCAGGAGAGCCCGAAGUGGAAAGGAGAGGGUGAGGCGGUCGAAGAGGAGAAUGUCGCAGACCUGACCCUGGUGGCUGAGGGCGACAUCAACAGCCCCAACAGCAGGCUGAUCCCCUCCGAGAGGAGCGGUCCCAUGGACGCCAAGGAUUCGCCUCCAGCCACCCUGGCAGAGGAGUGGGGAAAAGGCUCCUGUGAGAAAUUCAAACCAGGUGUGCUCCAUAGGCAGAAAGCCCAUGUCCAAGGAAGUGAUGGAAGCCUUUAUGAACCAACCCCCCCAAAUCGUAGUAAAACCAUAGACUUUAACCCUGCUGGAAUCAGAAAGGAAACUUUUAGACCUGAACUUCCUAUCAGUUGCAUAAUAGAUGUGGAUAAUGUGACCGCAGCACAUGGCCUGGAAUGGUCUUGUCAUGAACCAGAGGACAACCUCCACGUUGAAGGCUGCAUCUCAGAGCCGAGGGGUGGCCAGCUGAAGAUGCAAGCAAGAGUUCAAAGGACACCCAACUUUCCCACAAUUACUGCUGUUGGGAGUGAGAAAAAUAAGGAGAAUGAGAGUCAUUGUAAGGCAACUUUUGUUUGAAAGUCUUUACACACAGCUCCAGUAGCUUUUGCUACCUAGGGCAUUCAUUCUGGUGAACACUCUGGGUAGCACACUCUCACUGGACAGAAAGGAAUCUUGUUACAUGCAUUUGAGAACAUGGAAGGGAAGCACUAAUCUUGUUACAAAACCUGCUUGAAUUCACUUGUCACCCUUGUAGGAUCAUCAAUUAUAGAAGAGCUCUUCAACCCACAUCACUUUCAGUGUCCCCUGUCUGCAUCAUCUCUGCAGGGGGAUAUAAGGAAUCAGACUCCAAGCCCAUUUGCACCCCAUCCUUGCAAUACCACCAUGUAGAGGGGAAACAACGCCAGGCAAAACUGAUGUUGCAAACCUCACCAUGGUCCACACUGAGGAUUCCUACAAUACUCCAAUCCUCGGUUUACCAUGGCAAUUCCCAUGAAAUUAGGUGGUUUUCUUACCAGGCUUUGACUAGUCUGAAGAUUCCAUUGCGG